AAGUGGCCAAAAGCCAUAAAACAGCCCGUCUUCCAAACAGUCUCCGAAACAAGGACCUCUCAGUCGCAAGGUGUAUGGGAGAAGAGAGAGAGAGAUAGAUAGAAAGAGAGAGAGAGAGAGAGAGAGAGAGAGAGAGAGAGAGAGAGAGAGAGGAAAAUCUACCUAGGGAGUACUUAUUAAGGGAGAGAGAGAGUUGGACUUACAGUCACACACUCUGGCAUCCCGUGUUGAAUAACAAAACAGUGCCACGAAAUAAACCUGUGAAACGUUUGGUAGCUUCACGAACAGGAGAGUGAAUGGAUACUUUCUGCAGCCUCAGUGGCCUUGAUCCUCUUUGGGACUGGAACCAGACAUGGUACACACACACCCCUGAACUGAGCGACUGUUUCCAGAACACAGUGCUGGUGUGGGCGCCCUGUAUCUACCUGUGGCUCUGCUCACCGUUCUACUGUCUUCAUUUGUACUGCCAUGGUCGAGGACGCCUGCCCCUCUCACUGCUCUGCAGUGCCAAGCUGUUGCUGGGCUUCUUCUUGGCAUCCUUUGGCUUUGUUGAAUUCUUCUACAUCCUGUUGGAGCGAAACCAAGAGAUCCACCGCCACUUCAUCUUUCUCCUGGCCUCGAUCAUACGCAGCCUCACUGUGGUGUUAGCGGUGUGUAUUGUCCAGUGGGAGCGAGUGCGAGGCUGCCGUUCCUCCGUGGUGCUCUUCCUGUACUGGCUGCUCAGCGUGGUGUGUUCUCUCGUUCCUCUGAGGGCCAAAAUCCAGCUGGCCGUCGAACAGGGUCUCACUCCUGAUAUCGUGCACUACUUGGCCUUUUUCUCGUACUUCGCCCUCCAGCUGGCGCAGCUCUUCCUCAGCUGUUUUGCAGACCAGGCUCCUCCAGGCAAAGCCAUCCUCCAGAACGCGUGCCCUGUACAGGAUGCAUCAUUUUUGUCAAAGAUGCUCUUCUGGUGGUUCAGUGGGUUGGUUGUUAAAGGGUACCGCAACCCUCUACAGGCAGAAGAUCUGUGGUGCCUGCGUGACGAGGACACGUCCCAUAAAAUCCUCUCAGAUCUGGAAGAGGAAUGGACCACAGAAUGCACCAAACUGCAGCAGCAGGAGAAGCAGCUCAGCAGCAGUGUGGUGUUGGGAACCCGCUUGCCAGAUCAGGCCCAGCUCCUGAGGAAGCUGCAGAAGGAACAAAGCUCAGGCUUCUGUCUUUUACGGACACUUGCUCGCAACUUCGGGCCCUACUUCUUGUCUGGAACGCUAUGCCUUGUGGUCCAUGAUGCUUUCAUGUUUGCCAUUCCACAAGUCCUCAGUCUGCUGUUGGGCUUUAUGAGGGAAGAGGAUGCUCCACUGUGGAAAGGAUAUUUCUACGCCACGCUCAUGUUCCUCCUCUCCUGCAUGCAGUCCCUCUUUAACCACCAGUACAUGUACUCCUGCUUCACUGUGGGCAUGAGAGUCAAGACAGCCGUCAUGGGCCUUGUCUACAGGAAGUCUCUGGUGAUAAACAGUGCGGCGCGGAGGACAUGUACGGUAGGAGAGAUUGUGAAUCUGGUCUCGGCUGACACCCAAAAGCUCAUGGAUUUUGUUGUGUACUUCAACGCCGUGUGGCUCGCUCCCAUCGAGAUUGCCCUCUGCCUCUUCUUUCUCUGGCAGCACCUGGGACCAUCUGCUCUGGCUGGCAUCACCACGGUUUUUCUCAUCUUCCCUCUAAACGGAUUCAUCGCUAAGAAGAGAAGCAAACUGCAGGAGAUCCAGAUGAAGUUCAUGGAUGGCCGAAUCAAGCUCAUGAAUGAAAUCCUGAAUGGCAUAAAGAUCCUGAAGUUCUACGCCUGGGAAAAAGCUUUCCUUGAGCAGGUCUUGGGUUACAGAGAAAAAGAGCUUCGAGCCUUGAAGAAGUCCCAAAUCCUCUACUCAAUCUCCAUCGCUUCCUUCAACUCUUCGUCCUUCCUGAUCGCCUUUGCCAUGUUUGCCGUGUACGUACUCAUAGAUGAAAAAAACGUGUUGGACGCUCAGAAGAUUUUUGUCUCCAUGGCACUCAUCAACAUCCUAAAGACUCCUCUGAGCCAACUUCCUUUUGCCAUGAGCACCACCAUGCAGGCCGUUGUCUCGCUCAAGCGUUUGGGGAAAUAUUUGUGCCAAGAAGAGCUAAAACCAGAAAAUGUGUCCAGGGAUACUUUCAAGUCGGAUGAAGAAGGUGUCGUGGUUGAGAACGGGACUUUCAGUUGGUCUAAAGACGGUCCUCCAUGUCUGAAAAGGAUCAGUGUUAGAGUUCCUCAUGGUGCAUUGGUUGCAGUUGUUGGCCACGUUGGAAGCGGGAAGUCUUCCUUGCUAUCCGCUAUGCUCGGAGAGACAGAGAGAAGAAGUGGUAGUGUUUCUAUCAAGGGAUCGGUGGCUUACGUCCCUCAGCAGGCCUGGAUUCAAAAUGCUACACUUCAGGACAACAUCUUGUUUGGUAGGGAGAAGAAGAAGAGCUGGUACCAGCGUGUGGUGGAGGCCUGCGCUCUGCUGCCCGACCUUGACAUCCUGCCAGCAGGAGACGCCACUGAGAUCGGCGAGAAGGGUUUAAACCUGUCCGGAGGUCAGAAGCAGAGGGUGAGUCUGGCUCGUGCUGUCUACAGGAAAGCUGAUAUCUAUUUGCUGGAUGAUCCUCUCUCUGCUGUGGAUGCCCAUGUGGGUCAGCACAUCUUUGAUAAGGUCAUCGGGCCCAAGGGUGUGCUGAGAGACAAGACUCGCAUCCUGGUGACCCAUGGGACAAGCUUCUUGCCCCAGGCCGAUCUGAUCCUGGUGCUGGUCGAGGGAGAAAUCACUGAGAGCGGCUCCUACCAGGAGCUACUGAACCGUAAUGGAGCCUUUGCAGAGUUUAUCCACACUUUUGCCAGCUCUGAGAGGAAGGAGUGCUCCACACAGAGAGGCUCUAGAAAGUCCUGCUCAAGGCUCAGCGUAACAGAUUUCAUGCCAUUCUCCAGGGACCUCUCUCAGGAGCAACUAAUUGGUGGUGACACAAACAGUGUCACUAUUCAGAGUGUAGACCCUGAUAUUGAGCAGGAACAAAUUCCUGAAGACCUGGGGAAACUGACUGAAGUGGACAAGGCUCGGAUAGGCAGGGUGAAACUGGAGAUGUAUGUCGAGUACUUCCGCACCAUCAGUUUGGCUCUGAUCGUGCCCAUUCUCUUCCUGUACGCCUUUCAGCAGGGCGCUUCUCUGGCAUACAACUACUGGCUCAGCAUGUGGGCUGACGAGCCCAUUAUCAAUGGUACACAGCUCAACGCCGACAUGAAGCUGGGAGUCUACGGAGCUCUCGGGUUUGCACAAGGCAUAGCCAUUUUUGGGACCACAGUGGCCAUCUCUAUUGGGGGAAUCAUUGCAUCUCGCCAGUUGCACCUGGACCUGCUGAAGAAUGUGCUCCACUCACCCAUGUCCUUCUUCGAGUCCACUCCCAGCGGCAAUCUGCUAAAUCGCUUCGCCAAGGAAAUCGAUGCCAUUGACUGCAUGAUACCUGAUGGCCUUAAGAUGAUGUUGGGCUACGUCUUCAAGCUGAUGGAGGUGUGCAUCAUAGUGCUGCUUGCUACACCUUUUGCCGCAGUCAUCAUUCUUCCUUUGGCACUGCUCUACACCUUUGUGCAGAGUUUCUAUGUGGCCACAUCUUGCCAACUAAGACGUUUGGAGUCCGUGAGCCGUUCUCCCAUCUACACCCACUUUAACGAGACGGUGCAAGGCGCCAGUGUGAUCCGGGCCUUCGGUGAGCAACCACGCUUCAUUCUGCAGGCCAAUCAGAGGGUGGAUCACAACCAGACUGCCUACUUCCCCCGAUUUGUGGCAACCAGAUGGCUGGCCGUGAACCUGGAGUUCCUAGGUAAUGGUGUCGUUCUCGCUGCUGCCAUUCUCUCUGUGAUGGGCAAAGACACUCUGAGUCCUGGGAUUGUCGGCCUGGCGGUGUCUCACUCUCUUCAGGUGACAGGCAUCCUCAGUUGGAUUGUGCGGUCAUGGACGGAUGUGGAAAACAACAUAGUGUCAGUCGAGAGAGUCAAAGAGUAUGCAGACACGCCCAAAGAGGCUGAAUGGAGCUCAGAAGAUAUUUCACUACCACUUGCUUGGCCUCAAACAGGAACCAUAGAGUUCCAGGACUAUGGGCUGCAGUACCGUAAAGGUCUUGAGUUUGCUUUGAAAGGGAUCACACUACAUAUCCAAGAAAAAGAGAAGAUCGGCAUUGUGGGAAGGACCGGUGCAGGGAAGUCAUCACUGGCCUUGGGAAUUUUCCGCAUCUUGGAGGCAGCAAAAGGAGAGAUUUACAUAGAUGGGGUGAACAUUGCUAAUCUUGGACUCCAUGAUCUGAGAUCCCGCAUCACUAUCAUUCCACAGGAUCCAGUGCUGUUUUCCGGAUCAUUGCGCAUGAAUCUGGAUCCAUUUGAUGCAUACUCCGAUGAGGAAGUGUGGAGCGCCUUAGAACUGGCCCAUCUGAAGCACUUCGUCUCCGGGCUGCCUGAUAAACUCAAUUACGAGUGCUCAGAAGGAGGAGAAAACCUUAGUCUCGGCCAAAGGCAGCUAGUAUGUUUGGCGAGGGCUCUCCUCCGGAAGACGAAGAUCCUGGUUCUGGACGAAGCCACGGCAGCAGUGGACCUGGAAACGGACACGUUAAUUCAGUCCACCAUCCGCAGCCAGUUUGAGGACUGCACGGUGCUCACUAUUGCACACAGACUCAACACCAUCAUGGACUACACCAAGGUUCUUGUAAUGGACAAAGGGCACAUAAUGGAAAUGGACUCUCCUGCUAACCUGAUUGCACAGAGAGGCCAGUUUUAUCGGAUGUGCAGAGAAGCCGGGUUGGUGUAAACGUAUGCUAUGAAGCUGUGCUCUGAACUGGUUUGUAGCCCGCUGGCGCAACCUUGUGGUGGACUUCAAGUAUCAGUCACACCAAGGGGCAUCCCCCUGCUGGCCAGUGUCAUAAUGCAGAAAGAAAGAAAAGCUAUUAAAGUAACUUGGUGCUUCAAUAAAUAAGAAGGGUAAUCAUUUCCAGAAAUUCCAAGUAUGUUUUUUUUGUUGUUUAAUUUUUUUUUUUUACAAAAGCACUUCCUGUAAUAUUCAAUGAAGCCAAGCUGAAAACUUAUAUACUCAGGUCAACAUGCUCAACGGUACCAAAACUGUAUGCAGUAACCCUUUGGAACUGGAAGAUCUCUCAGUUCUUUGCUUGUUUCAUCUCAGUUUACGAGCUGAUGAGACUUGAGCUGGAGGAAAUGAUGUGUAAAUAAUUGUACAUAAGAGACAAGUGGCACUGUGUCUGGUCCUAGCUACGCCAAAUCACCUAAAGCUUUCCAAUACAUCAAGAAUGUGAACGACACAAAGCACUCCUACACUUAAUGAAGGGAACAUAGUGCUUCUGUAUUUGGGCCAGAAACUAAGGAGAAGCUUGGUAGAAACAAGUUUACUGACAGUGUUGCAGACACUCCAUCCACAGGAAAUGCUCUCCAUAGUGGCUCUAUAUUGAGACUCUCCCACUCGGAAGCAAUUUCAGAGUUUUUAUGAGGGCGUCUAGGAGGAACACGGUCUGGAAGUCCAACUAUGUUGCGGUGCCUGUUUAUUUCUAGCAAAGUAAACACAUAAAAUGUUCAUGAAGAUUUCAGACUUUAAAAAAUAAAUAAAUAAAUAAAAAUACCACAAAUCCAGAUCUUGAUACUAUUUAAUUAUUACAAAUAGUAGUGAUCAGGAAAAUGGGCUAUAUUACACUUGAUUUUCUUCAAUUUUGCACUUCAGGUUUUUUUUUUAAACCAAUCAAAUGUAAUAUUUUGUAUAAUAUAUAACAGCUCUGUUACUGUAACUCAAUAGUUGCUGAAAAACAUUACAACAUUAUGCAAAGUUGAAAGUUCAGGUGCCUAUGCAGUUAUUUAUACACAUUUGCUUAUGUAUGACAAGGUCUUCUAAAAUUGGUUUGUAUGUAUUUUUUCAUCUGUAUAUGUAAAAUAUUAAAACAUUUUUGGACAAUAAUCUGCUUGAGUAUUGAAAAUAUGUGAAUUCACACAAGUAUUUAGACAGACACAAAGCACUGGCAAGAAAUCUGAGUACCAAACUAUAUUUAUUGUAUACAGUAGUAAAGGACGACAAAUAAUGUACAAAUCAGUACAGAAGAAAAAAAAAAAGAAAAAAAAAAAAAAAAGACGACAUGGACACUGAUUCAGUCCCAACCCUUAUGGACGCCAGACUGUACUGGGACAAAUAAGACUAUGCCUCUUCGGGGUGAUGGGCGUCCAUCACAGAGCAGAGAGUGACAACUUGUUGCCUCUGAAAGACAAGAUGACGGGGAAAAAUAGGGACUUGGGAUAUUUAUAAUAAAAACCUGGACUAAUCUAGGACAUAUUUGGGGCUUGGUCCGAAAAGAGACCAAAGAUUUCUGCACUUGGACCAAAUAAAGCUGGAUGGGCGUCCUUUCUGCUAACAAACAUGACGGAUUAAAAAUAGAAUUAAAGCUGCACAAGACAGAGGAAGAAAAAAAACAAAGAAAAACAAAAAACAAAA